AUGCCGCUUCUCGUCGCGCAGCCCCCGCCCAUUUCUGUCAGUUGUGCCAUUUGUAGCAGCAGUAGUAGUACCAGAUUCGGCAGCGCACUUCCUGUGCCAGAUGCUGGUAGCCUCCUCCUGUUCGAUGAUCUUGUGCUCGGUGACGGCGAGGACACCAGGAAUGACGACCCUGAGGUGAAGCUCGAGUGGCUCAGGUCGCAGAUCAUCGGCGCGGAAGCAGAGUUCUCGUCGCCAUUCGGGACUCGUCGCGUCACCUACGCCGACCACACCGCCUCCGGCCGCUGCCUUCAGUUUGUCGAGGAGUUUGUGCAGCGGAACGUUCUCCCGUACUAUGGAAACACGCACACAGUGGACAGCUACGUGGGGUUGCACACGGGCGAGCUCGCCGGGGAUGCGGCGCGGUACGUGAAGCGCAGCCUGGGCGGCGGCCCAAGGGACGCGCUGCUCUUCUGCGGAACGGGCUGCACCGCCGCCAUCAAGCGCCUCCAGGAAGUGGCCGGCAUGGCCGUCCCUCCCACGCUGCGCUCGCUGGUGCUGGAGUCCCUCCCGCCUUCCGACCGGUGGGUGGUGUUCCUGGGGCCCUACGAGCACCACUCCAACCUGCUCUCGUGGCGGGAGAGCCUGGCGGAGGUGGUGGAGAUCGGGCUGCGGCAGGAGGACGGCCUCCUCGACGUGGGAGCCCUGGAGGCGGCGCUGGCGGCGCCCGAGCGCGCCGGGCGGCCCAUGCUCGGCUCCUUCUCGGCGUGCAGCAACGUCACCGGCCUGCGCACCGACACGCGGGCGGUGGCGCGCCUGCUGCACCGCCACGGCGCCUUCGCCUGCUUCGACUUCGCGUGCAGCGCGCCCUACGUCGGUAUUGACAUGAGGUCUGGGGAGCCGGACGGCUACGACGCCGUCUUCCUGAGCGGCCACAAGUUCCUCGGCGGGCCCGGAAGCCCGGGCAUCCUCGCGAUGUCGUCGCGGCUGUACAGCCUCCGCCACACCGCGCCGUCCACCAGCGGCGGGGGCACCGUGCUCUACGUCAGCGCCUACGGGCACGGGGACACGGUGUACUGCGAGGACACGGAGGAGCGCGAGGACGCGGGCACGCCGGCGAUCAUACAGAAGGUCCGAGCAGCGCUGGCGUUCCGGGUGAAGGACUGGGUCGGGGAGGCGUGCAUCGAGGAGCGCGAGCAGCGCAUGCUCGCCCUCGCUCUCCGCCGGACCCGGAAGGCCGCGAACCCCAGCCUAAGCCUGCUGCCUGGCAACGCCACUGGCAGCACGGCGCGCCGGCUCCCGGUCCUGUCCUUCGUUGUGUAUCCUCCGGUCGACGUCGACCGCGAGCCCAGCUCCGGCACCGAGCCAGCGCGCGACGGUGGCGGGAACAAGGAGCUGGGGGUGGCGAGGCUGCAGCUGCACUGCCGGUUCGUGACGAAGCUGCUCAACGACCUGUUCGGCGUGCAGGCUCGCGGGGGCUGCGCCUGCGCGGGGCCCUACGGCCAUCGGCUCCUCGGCAUCACUCCGGCGCGAGCCAAGGCCAUCAAAUCCGCCGUCCAGAUGGGCUAUCAGGGUGUGAAACCAGGGUGGACGCGCGUCAGCCUCGCCUACUACACGUCGACGCGUGAGGCCGAGUUCGUGCUGGAUGCCAUGGACUUCGUCGCAAGUUUCGGCCACCGCUUCCUGCCGCUCUACACCUUCGACUGGAAAUCCGGGGACUGGCGCUACAAUCACAGCUGCGGCCGCAUCUUGCCAAACAAUGGUGUCACUGAUACUGCUUCGACUAGUGCCGCUCCUGUGUCGCAUGCUGGAGUAGCAAAACCAGAGCGCGACUACCAGAGCUACAUGGCAUUUGCUCGGAGCAUGGCCGAAUCCUUGCUCAGCGCUCGUCUGAAGAAUGACACUCCCGCUAGGGACAUUCCCAAGGCCAUCGACCAACGGUUAAUUUACUUCGUCAUGUGA